GAGGGCUUUCCCUGACAGGAGGAAGAAGGCUUGUGACUGGACUGGCAGCGGGAUCCAACCUUCAAAAGCCGGCUGUCUUUUUCGCUGCUCCCUUUUAGAAAUACUGUGGAUCUGACUUAUGGCUGCCAAAGGGAUGAAUCUGUGCAAUGUGUGCUGUUUACUCCUGUAUGUCAUCACGGCGGUGUUUGCGGGGCGAGAUUUCUACAAGAUCUUGGGGGUGAGCAAGAGCGCAUCAGUCAGGGACAUCAAGAAGGCCUACAGAAAGCUGGCUCUCCAGUUACACCCGGACCGAAACCAGGACGACCCAAAAGCUCAAGACAAGUUUGCAGACCUUGGUGCAGCUUAUGAGGUGCUCUCGGAUGAGGAGAAGAGGAAACAAUAUGACGCUUACGGAGAAGAUGGGCUCAAAGAAGGUCACCACAGCUCACACAACGACAUCUUCUCCAGCUUCUUUGGGGAUUUUGGGUUCAUGUUUGGAGGCAACCGACAGCAACAGGACAGGAACAUUCCCAGAGGAAAUGACAUAAUACUAGACCUGGAGGUCACGCUGGAAGAGGUGUACUCCGGGAACUUUGUGGAGGUUGUGCGUAACAAGCCUGUAGCUAAAGAGGCUCCUGGUAAGAGGAAGUGCAACUGCAGACAGGAAAUGAGGACGACGCAGCUCGGACCUGGACGCUUCCAGAUGACCCAGGAGACGGUGUGCGACGAGUGUCCCAAUGUAAAGCUGGUGAAUGAAGAGAGAACCUUGGAGGUAGAAAUUGAACAGGGAGUGAGAGAUGAGAUGGAGUACCCUUUCAUCGGAGAAGGGGAACCUCACAUCGAUGGCGAGCCUGGAGAUCUGCGCUUCCGCAUCAAAGUGUUGAAACAUCCCGUGUUUGAGCGCAGAGGAGAUGACCUGUACACCAACGUCACCAUCUCCCUGGUGGAGGCUCUGGUCGGCUUUGAGAUGGACAUCGUACAUUUGGACGGACACAAGGUCCACAUAGUGAGAGACAAGAUCACUAAACCUGGUGCUCGCAUGUGGAAGAAGGGAGAAGGUCUCCCAAACUUUGACAACAUCAACAUCCGGGGUUCCCUCAUCAUCACCUUCGACGUGGAGUUCCCUCAGACGCAGCUCGAUGACCAGCAGAAAGACGGUAUCAGGAAUCUUCUGAAGCAGGGCUCUGUACAGAAGGUUUACAAUGGACUACAAGGAUACUAACACACCAACAGACACAACCUGGACUGAGUUAUCUGCCACACACACACACACAUACACACACACACACACACUCUCACAACAUGUUCAAUCAACAGGAGCGUGCUCCAUAAUUCUGGCCAGGGUGUAUUUAUUAUUUUCAGAUUGUUCUCAGGAUGGCUUGAACCCAAUUUUGGUUUUUACUUUUUAAUGUUCCACAUCUUGUCAGCAGUGGCACGAUUUGCAGAUGUUUUAUUUUGAAAAUGUACAAAUGGAAAAGAUGCCAUGUCUUUGUUGUACUUUCUACCCCCCCCCCCCUUUGUUUAUUCUAAAAAAACCAAAUUCACCUGUUUAUACCUGAGUGAAGCGUUUAGAUCAAACACUGUCGACACUCACUCACUACAUCUGCUGAACGUCAGAAGAAGAAGAAGAAGAAAGUCCACUUCCAACAUUUGAACAAUUUUCAACCUGUGGAAGACCAGAAGUUUCUCCAUUUGGUCCUUUUAUUUUUUUUGUUUCUUUUCUUUUGUUUUAAAUGAGUUUCAUGAAUGUAACAGCUCCACCUGUCGAGUGAUGCUCUGGUCAGAUUCCUGUUCAAUAAGACUUUGUAAAUAGGGAAGAACAAAGCUCAUCUGUUUGUUGUGUUUUAGUUUUCCUAAUUUAUGUUGGCUCUUCCUCGUCUGUUUGCAUUUGCCGCGUUGUGACGGGAGAGCUGUCCUCACUGCACAACCCCCCCCCCCCCCCCCCCACGCUCGCUGUGACAAGAGUUGACCUCUUAGAUCAAACAGUGAAGUUUUAUUAUUUCGGAGGAACGGUGGUUUACACCUCCUCCAGCACCACUAGACUCUCUCCCUGUCUGGGCUCAACACCUCCAACUCAAAGGGACUUCACACCAUCACGUAUCAGCAUCCCUGUUGGUAUCUGCUGGCUGGUUUGGUUUAUAACAAUGUGGUUUUAGGGUUUUCCCUCCUCUCUGUUUCUACUGUCGACUGUAACGCUGCCUCACAAUUUUAUGAGAGAGUCCCGGCCUUAAUGUGAACGACUUGGCCAUUUUUACUGAGUGUUCUAGGGGAUAAUGUACUUUUGACUGACAAAAUAAAUAAAGAUUUCUACAAAG